AUGAAGCUGAGCCUGGGUAUUUUCUUCCUCACCACCGGAGCCCUUUCGGUUGCAUUGACACUACCAGCGACCCUUACAAAGAAGCAACCCGAGAAUGGAAACACCCCAGACCUAGCAUUGGCUAAUGAAUCCCGCUCAAUAGGCAACGCAACCGGGCCGGGAGAAAUCACCCAUAUGCCGCCCUUGCUUCAGAAGCGAGACGCCCUAUCCCCCGGCUGCGAUGCAGAGAAAAAGGGCCACCCAAAGUACUGCUGGUCAUCGUGCAACACGGCAACCCACGAAGCCAUUUACGACGAUCACCGCAAAGUAGGGUCUCCCUGGUGCUGGCUGGUCAAUGGUGGGCCUCGGGACUGGGUAAAAUGCAAUGAUCCCUCGGACUGUGAUGCUCAAUGGUCGUCAUUGAAGUGUAGCACGGAUCAUAGUCACUAUGGGAUGUGUGGGAGUAAGUCGGGGUAUCAGCAGUAG